CGGUGAGGCAACCGAGCUUGGUUGGGAGGGAUGGACAUCGAGGACGUUGUUGUGGAGGACGGGGGCUCGCCUCGCAUCUGUUUGCUGGGGCGAUGGCGGGUAUUGCUGAGCAUGUGGUUAUGUUUCCCGUAGACACCAUCAAGACCCGCAUGCAGGUCACGGUGGCGGCCGUGGAGGGCGUCGCAGGCUCGGCGGGCGGCGCUACGGUGGGCAUCCGCGGACCGACGGGCAUGGUGGGAGUGGCGCGGUCGAUUGUGGUGAACGAGGGCGUGAUGCGGCUGCUUCGCGGCGCUCAGAGUGUGGCGCUGGGUGCUGGCCCGGCGCACGCACUGUACUUUGCCACGUACGAGAAGAUGCGUAAGGUGCUUGGCGGUGACAACCGCGACGAGCACACGCCGUUGGCGGCGGCGGCGACGGGCGCGGUGGCGACUACCGUGUGUGACACGAUCAUGACCCCGUUUGACGUCAUGAAGCAGCGGCUGCAGAUCUCAGGCUCACCCUACCGUGGCGUGGUCGACUGCGCCCGGACCAUGCUCCGAGUUGAGGGCUUUGCGGCCUUCUUCCGCUCGCUCCCCACCACGCUCGUCAUGAACGUGCCGUACGCCGGCUUCCACUUUGCCGCAUACGAGUCGCUGUCCAGAGUACUGAUCUCGGACAACGACCACCACCCGCUGGCCAACUCUCUGGCCGGCGCCGGCGCCGGCGCCUCGGCCGCCGCCCUCACCACUCCGCUCGACGUCGUCAAGACCCGCCUGCAGACCCAGGACAUCGGCGCCGCCACCGGCGCCGCCAUCCGCAAGGUUCCUUACAGAGGCAUGGUCCAAACUGCACGCACCAUCGUCGCCGAGGAGGGCCUCCGCGGCCUCUUUGCUGGCAUGGUCCCGCGCAUGCUGUUCUUUGCACCCGGCGCCGCCAUCGCAUGGACCACAUACGAGACGCUCAAGCAUCUGACCCGCCACUGGGCCUCCGAGUAG